AUGGAAGCAGCGUUUUCUCUUCUUCUGCUGGUGCUCAGUUCGAGUCUAGUAAGCGGAACAUAUCCAGAGCUGGCCAGACGCGACAAACGGGAGCUUAUUAUUAAUGGGAAGAAAAUUUCGAUAACGGAAGUCCCCUACCAGGUUGCAUUGUUGAUUGGUGGAUUUCCCGCUUGUGGUGGUUCAAUCAUCGGACGUCGGUUGAUACUGUCCGCCGGCCACUGUUUGCAAGGUCAGAAGAAAGCAAAGCUAAAAGUUCGUGCGGGAUCAAGUUGGCGCGAUAAAGGUGGAAUAGUGGAAAAAGUUGCCCGUGUCGUUGUGCAUCCAAAGUUUUCCAACACGACGGGAGCGAACGAUAUUGCACUGGUUUUGCUGGAUGAACCGUUGAAGCUCGACGGAGCUAAUGUUUCGUGUGCUAAGAUUCCCGAACAGGGUGAAAAGCUACCACUCGGUAGCGUAGGGAAGGUUUCCGGUUGGGGUCGAACGACCCCGAAGACCGGUACAGGGUCUAUCCAGUUGCGAUCAACUUAUUUGACGAUUUUACCGUUUGAUAAGUGUUGGACUGCCUACAAUGAAAAAAAAUUGAACGCCAAAAUGCAGUAUUGCAUUGGAAGCCCUAGAUCUACAGGAUCGUGCCAAGGUGACUCCGGCGGGCCUUUUGUAGUCGACAAGACUGUUUACGGAAUUGUGUCGUGGGCUGAAUCUUGUGCGAAGACCGAAUAUCCUACCAUUUAUACAGAUGUUGGCGCUUUUGUGCAAUGGAUUCGUGAGUCGUUGGUAUCCAUUUCUGCACAGGAGGAACUAAAGUGUGAUGUAAUGUAG